AUGAAGUUUUUUGGUUUAGCGGAAGAAUCAGAAUUUAAAUUCAUAAUUACCUCAAAACACAAAGCGGUAGAUGUUAUAGGGUCCAAGCUAGGUGGUCAAGUGGUUUCCUUUUCAGACGAAUGGUUUGCCUCUGCCGAAAAUCUAAUUAAACCAACCGUUCCAAUAAGGGAUCCUACCAGAUUUGUGCACUCCGGUGCAUGGUACGAUGGUUGGGAGACACGAAGACAUAAUGAAAUGGAAUACGACUGGGUUAUCAUCAAGAUGGGGGUUGCUGCCGCUCAAAUUAUCGGUGGGGAAGUUGACACCGCAUUCUUCAACGGUAAUCAAGCACCAUUCGUUUCUAUCGAAGCACUCCAUGAUGGGGGUGAAGAAGGUAAUAUAGUGGAGGACGAUCAACGUUGGGUCGAAGUUGUUGAGAAAUUUGAGUGUGGUCCUUCACAAAAACAUUUUUUUAUCAGAAGUAGCGGCCUUACCGAGCAAAAGUUCACCCACAUCAAAUUGAAAAUGUACCCCGAUGGUGGAAUCGCCAGAUUUAGGCUAUACGGGAGGGUCGCUCCUCCAGAAGUCAAACCUGAGAGUCAUGUAAUUGACUUAGCUUAUGUUUGCAAUGGUGCUGUUGCCUUAGAGUGUUCGGAUCAACAUUUUGGUUCAGCUGAUAAUUUGCUACUGCCAGGGCGAGGCCAUGACAUGUCUGACGGCUGGGAAACCAAAAGAUCAAGACAGUCAGGACAUAUUGAUUGGGCAACAAUACAAUUGGGCAGGGAAUCCUCCUUCAUUGACAAAAUCAUUGUCGAUACAGCACAUUAUAGGGGAAACUUUCCACAGUUUAUUAUCGUGGAAGGUUGUUUAAGGGAGCCAGAAUCGAGUGGCAACGUUAAUGGGACAGCAUGGGUGGAGCUUGUUGGAAAAUCAAAAACAGGGCCUGAUAAAGAACAUAUGUAUGAAAUAUGUAAGAAUAUAAGGAUUUCCCAUAUCAAACUAAAGAUUAUUCCAGAUGGGGGAGUGAAAAGAAUAAGAGUUUGGGGGUACUAA